AUGAUAGAAGGUGGUAGAAUCCGGUUGAAGGGAUGGCAGCAGGCUGCUGUGGCAAUGGGUUCGGCAGUGGGGGCAUUGUUGGACCCUCGAAGAGCAGAUUUGAUAGCAGCUCUUGGUGAGACAACUGGAAAGCCUGCUUUUGAGAAAGUUCUUCAGAGGAUGAAGAGUUCCCCUGAAGGGCGGGCUGUGCUAUUGGAGCGCCCUCGUGUUCUUUCUGCAAAAGUCGGACAUGCUUGGGACCUGCCUGCAAACACAUUCGGUGCUGCCUAUGCUAGGUUUAUGGGAUCUAGGAACUUUUCACCAGAUGACCGACCUCCUGUGCGGUUCAUGGAUACAGAUGAACUGGCCUAUGUAACAAUGCGAGCUCGUGAAGUGCAUGACUUCUGGCAUACCCUUUUUGACCUUCCUACUAACUUGAUUGGGGAGACAGCUUUGAAGGUUAUUGAGUUUGAGCAGAUGGGCCUUCCUAUGUGCCUGCUGUCUGUUGUAGGGGGCACUGCUAGAUUUAGCGAAAAGCAGAGGAAAUUGUUUUAUCAGCAUUACUUCCCCUGGGCUAUUCGUGCUGGCAUGCAAUGCACUGAUCUUAUGUGUGUGUAUUAUGAGCGGCAUUUUCAUGAAGACUUGGAAGAUGUUCGCAGAAAAUUGCAAAUUGUUCCUGCUCCCAUUGUUCCUUAA